AUGUAUUCCAUGCUGAGCCAUGGCCUCGUACUACUGGCUACUACCGCCACCUGUACCAUCGCCACGAUCCCUUUCGUCCCGUCAGAGGAGAUUUGGCGAUUGCAGGUUGGUGCCCAGUGCAGGUGGAAUCCACUUUGUCCUGCUCAUGUUGAGACGUGGAGAACUCGCAUUCCGCAUCUUCAGAGGCCUUCCGAGGCCUGUGGUGCCUUGCCAGGACUUCCCCCUCAAGGCAUUCCAGUUGAUUCCCGCUAUUGGUGGAUCCCUCCCUGCACAAGUUUCUCCUCCUUGACCAACGGAGCAUGGUGUUAUGACACUGCAUCACCUGGAAGACUUAAUGAAGACGACUUGUGCGCAUGCUUGCUGGACGAGGAGACCAUGGAGUCCUUUGGAAAUUGGGCCCUCACAAUUCAAGGCUGCAGUCCCACAGCAGCAAGCAAGAUACAGCCUUCAGGAUUGACUACUAUGCAUUUGGGUGGCAUGAAAGGUGUGCCACUGUCAUUCCUUCCACCAGACCAGUUUCUUUUCCAUGGAUCUGACUCCCGGGAAACUUGCGUGCGGUCUAUCAGGGAGUACUUCCCACUCUGCCAAAGGGAUGGCACGUUGGAGCUGUGA